AUGAUGGGCAUGACCAGCGACGAGUGCUACGCGAGCAAUACCCCGUGGCUUCAGACAAUGGCUUACUGUAUCCAACAAAACUGCAACGCCGACGGAUAUCCCGCUGAAAAGCAGGCCGAGUGCUUCAGCAAGCAGGCAGUCGCUGGUGCUUCGACUCCGACUUUCGAGCAGAGUCUGCCCGCCACGCCGCCUACGAUCGAACUGGCGGAAGAUGCCAUGUGGCUCAACGAGACCAGCCUGGUCAACAGCAACGUCUAUUACUCCACCCAUGGAACCUAUGGAGAGUUCGCUAGACAAGAAUAUCUGCAUACAAGAUACUCAGUAAUACUAUAUCUUUUAGUCAUCGGCACCUGCAUCAUCGCCGGAGCUUUCGCCCACAUCAGGGGCGCCUUUCCUGGAUUUCAGAAAAAGUUACAGACCUCCAAUCUGUGGGCAAAGCUUCAAGGGCUCGUCUUCUUGCCCGCCUUCGUUGGAACUCGGCGUCUGGAGCCUCUGCCCGGGAAAAUAGGCUAUGUUCCUAGUAGAGCCCUCGGCAUAUUCAUCACCGUCUUUGUCAUUCUCAACGUGGUCUUCUCUGCCGUCAAUUUCCAGAGCUUCCAGCCCAACAUCUGGUUCUUUUCCUCCGGGUUUGAACUAUGCGAGUACGUCGGUAAUCGGACGGGUACGCUCAGUCUUGUCAACCUGACCAUUGCGAUCUUAUUUGCGGGCCGGAACAACCUUCUCCUUGCCAUCACGGGAUGGAAUCAGACGGCAUUCCUUACACUACACCGUUGGAUUGCAAGAGUAGCAACUCUGCAAGCCGUUGUGCACUCCAUAGCCUACACAGUUGCCUACUUCGAACCCGGAUACGAAGGAGCGUCAGCCUAUGCUGCCAAAGCAGCUGAUCCGUUCUUUUAUUGGGGAAUUAUCGGCACAAUAGCCCUUUGCCUGGCGCUUGGCUUUGCGGCUCUCCCGUUUCGAACCAAGUUCUACGAGUUUUUCCUGUUCACCCACGUUGCCUUCAUUACUGUCGCUUUGGCCGCAUGCUGGUACCAUCUGGUUCCUCACUUCGGAUUCGACUACGGUUACCAAGUGUGGCUCUAUAUCGCCUUCGCUUUCUGGGCUGCUGACCGCACCGCUCGAGUUGCUCGCGUGCUUUACUACAACCGUUUCGGCGACACCGCAGGUGUUGUUGAGGCGGUACCAGGAUGUGACGUCCUGCAAAUCACCGUUUUCCCACGAGCCGAUUGGAAGUUUGGCCCUGGACAGCACAGUUUCUUGUACUUUCCCUCUUUGGGCAAGCCAUGGGAAAGCCACCCCUUCAGUAUUGCUGGCUGGAAGAGAAAAGGCCAGGAGCUGCCCGUGCUGGCGACCACUGGGCUUGUCGCUGGUGAAAAUGAGAAGGCCUCGCAACCGAAGGACUUCGGUAUCGUGUCAGUCACAGCAGACUCUGACUCUUCACCUAGCUCUUCACCGAGGAGACCACAGGCUGCUACCGCACACAAGACUCAAAUUGUGGGACAUACAUACAUCCAAUUCCUCGUCCGCGUACAUGCUGGGAUGACUUCCAGUCUCCAAAAAAGACUACUGGAGUCGCUUUCUGGCUCCAAGAUGGAAGUGUCAGUCUACACAGAGGGUGGCUAUGCUGGUCAUCGAGCAACCCUGCAGCCUCUUUCUGUUGCCGAUACAGUGCUGUGCCUGAUCGGCGGUAUUGGCAUUACGAAUGCGCUUAGCUAUAUUCAGGAAUACGCAAGUUCCAACAUCCAUAGAGGUGAGAGUUCAAGAACAGGUCGCGGCGUCAUGAAAAAGGCAAAGCGAUUUGUCCUGGCCUGGUCUGCGAAGGAAAUGGGCCUCAUCGAGCACGUGAGACGGAAUUUCCUCGCUGAUGCCGAAGGCGUUGAGUUUCAAUUCUGGUACACGGGCGAUGUCGAUGCCGCUUCGCAGAAGUCGAACUCUCUUGACGAUGAGACUCAGAAGGAGGCGACAUCGGCUUCGCGGACUACGGCAGGCGCAACGAAUGGGAGAAUGGAGAUUGGAACCGUGAUCAGGUCCCACCUGGAACCGGGCCUUCAGACGACUGUCCUAGUAUGUGGGCCGGGGACAUUCACAGACGAAGCCACGAGGCAGGUUGUGAAAUGUGUCAAAGAGGGGUUUAGGGUAGAUCUAGUGGAGGAGGCGUAUGCUUGGUAG